GUAAGAUAUUAAAACUGUUCUUCGCUUUCCUUUUCUCAUUUCUCACUUAACCACUCGAUCCACUUUAAACCACACAUUAUAAGUGUGCCUCAAAAAAAUCUAACAUUACUCUCUCAACACAUCUCUCUUUCUUCUCCAUUUCCUUCUUCUCUUUCAUUCUCUUAUUUAAGAUUUAAAUCUGCUCAAAUGCUUGUAAACAAAUUUCAAGUUCUUUAAACGAUUUCCUUUUCAAGAAAAAUCCUUCUCCUUCUUCUUUUUACCACAUAGAUCUUCUUGAUCUACAAUGGAUUCUGUUUCUCUUUCUGAGGUUACUGUCAUUAAAGGAACAACACAUUUGGGUUUUAUGCACAGUUUCAGACAGCCAUUUUGUGGUGUCAAAAUAUCUCCAAAGUUCUAUUUAUCCAAAGUUGAUGGACCAAAGGCAAUAUCUUCGAGCAGCAACACAAAGAGUCAAUUUGUUUAUGGAGGAGGAAGCAUAGCUGCAACUUCAGAUUCAGGUUAUAAGAUGAAUGGAGUAAACCUAAAAAGCAGAACAUUGAUGAGUUCUGCAGUUAAAGAAAGAUCAUUACUUGAUGCUUAUGAUGAUGAGUAUGGUGGAGUAAUAGUAGAUCAUGGAAAAUUACCAUCAAACCCUUAUGCUUUCGCUUCUAUGCUUCGAGCUUCUCUAUCCGAUUGGAGAAGAAAGGGAAAGAAAGGAGUUUGGUUAAAGUUACCUGUGGAACAAUCAGAAUUAGUCCCAAUAGCUAUAAAGGAAGGUUUUGAGUAUCAUCAUGCAGAGAAAGGAUAUGUAAUGUUAACAUAUUGGAUACCAGAGGAGGAACCUAGUAUGCUUCCUGCAAAUGCUUCACAUCAAGUUGGUGUUGGAGGUUUUGUAUUAAAUCAACAUAAAGAGGUGCUUGUGGUACAAGAAAAGUAUUGUGCUCCUUCGAUUACUGGUCUAUGGAAGUUACCAACAGGGUUUAUUAAUGAAUCUGAAGAGAUUUUCUCUGGUGCUGUAAGAGAAGUCAAGGAAGAAACUGGGGUAGAUACAGAGUUCUCAGAGGUUAUAGCUUUCAGACAUGCUCACAACGUUGCAUUUGAGAAAUCUGAUCUGUUCUUCAUCUGUAUGUUGAGACCACUCUCUGAUAAGAUAAUCAUCGAUGCUCUUGAGAUCAAAGCCGCAAAGGUAAAUGUAACAAGAGUCUUUAUUAGAAUGCUCCAGUUGUACAUGCUACAAGACGGUCCUGAUUACAAUGAUUGUUGUGUUUUUCAGUGGAUGCCAUUGGCUGAAUUUGUGGAGCAACCGAUGAUAAGAGGAGACAAAAUGUUUAAAAGAGUGAUUGAAAUAUGCGAGGCGAGAUUAAGCCAUCGGUACUGCGGUCUUUCUCCUCAUCGACUUGUCUCUACUUUUGAUGGCAAACCUUCUUCUCUCUAUUACAACGUUGUUGAUGAUGAUCAUGAUCCUUCCCACUCCAAUUGUAGCACUGAGUUUUAUAGAUAGACGGGUAAAACAGAACCAAAUCAAGUGGUUCGAUUCUGUAUAUACUUAUUCUCAUGUAAUGUAUGUUGUUAUUUGAUACUCUCUCUUCAGUAUAGUAAAUAGUAAUAGAUCCUCUGCAAAAUCCAUGUAGCAUCGAACCGGUACUCUCAGUAGACUAUACAAUAAAAAGAUCUGUUC